GGAGUAAGGAAACUUGCCCAAGGUUUCGCCCUGCCUGGAAUGAUGAUAGCUGGAUGGCUGGAUGCUUUUAUUUGGGGGAAGGAAGGAUGUUCCUUAGAGAAAACGACAAGGAUGGAGGACGAGGCAGUGCUGGACAGAGGGGCUUCCUUCCUCAAGCACGUUUGCGAUGAAUCGGAGAUGGAGGGCCACCACACUGUCUACAUUGGAGUUCACGUCCCUAAGAGCUAUCGGAGGCGGCGCCGCCACAGAAGACGUACGUCUGCACAAAAGGAGAGAAGCAAAGAACGGGAUAAGACAGCCGAGGCCUCUGACACUGAAAAUAAUGAGGACCCGACCAAUGGGCACAUUCUUAAACCUCUUCUUUCUCCAGUUGCUGAGAGGAUCCGCUUCAUCCUUGGUGAAGAUGACGAGAGCCCAGCUCCUCAGCUCUUCACAGAACUGGAUGAACUUUUGGCUGUUGACGGACAAGAGAUGGAAUGGAAAGAGACUGCCAGAUGGAUCAAAUUUGAGGAGAAGGUUGAAGAGGGCGGGGAGAGAUGGAGUAAGCCUCAUGUGGCCACACUAUCAUUGCACAGUUUAUUUGAACUUCGAACGUGUAUAGAGAAGGGAACAGUUUUGCUGGACUUGGAAGCUUCUACUCUCCCUCUGGUUAUAGAGAUGAUCAUUGAGAGUCAGAUUAAAAGUGGUCUUCUGAAACCAGACCUAAAGGAGAAAGUGAUGUAUACUCUCUUACGAAGGCAUCGGCACCAGACUAAGAAAUCUAACCUACGGUCACUGGCUGAGAUCGGAAAGACGGUAUCCAGUGCAAGUAGGCUGUUUUCCACCUCAGAUAAUGGCAGCCCUGGCUCUUCCCAUCGCAGCAUGGCUACUGGAAGCAUGAAUGACAUCUCGGACAAGCCAGAAAAGGACCAGCUCAAGAACAAGUUCAUGAAGAAGCUGCCACGGGAUGCCGAAGCCUCCAACGUGCUGGUGGGAGAGGUGGAUUUCCUGGACCAUUCGUUCAUUGCCUUUGUGAGGUUGCAGCAGGCUGUGAUGCUGGGGGCUCUGACUGAAGUUCCUGUUCCAACCAGGUUUCUGUUUGUUCUGCUGGGGCCGAAAGGCAAGGCUAAGUCUUACCAUGAAAUCGGGAGAGCAAUUGCCACCCUGAUGUCAGAUGAGCUGUUCCAUGACAUUGCCUACAAGGCUAAAGACAGGGAGGACCUGCUGGCUGGAAUUGAUGAGUUUUUGGAUGAAGUGAUUGUGCUGCCUCCAGGCGAGUGGGAUCCCGCGAUCAGAAUAGAGCCUCCAAAAUCAUUGCCUUCCUCUGACAAAAGGAAGAACAUGUUUUCAGGAGCAGAAAGUAUCCAAAUGAAUGGAAACGCACCCAAAGAUGGCGGGCAAGGGGGUGGUGGGCACCAGGUCAGCGACGAGCUACAGAAAACUGGAAGGUUCUUCGGUGGCUUUGUGGAAGAUAUAAAGAGGAAAGCCCCAUGGUUUGCCAGCGACUUUUAUGAUGCUCUGAGCAUCCAGUCACUCUCUGCAAUUCUCUUCAUCUACUUGGCGACUGUGACCAACGCUAUCACUUUUGGAGGCCUCCUUGGGGAUGCAACUGAUAACAUGCAGGGUGUGCUGGAGAGCUUCCUGGGUACAGCUAUUACUGGAGCCAUCUUCUGCCUUUUUGGUGGUCAGCCGCUCAUCAUCCUUAGCAGCACUGGACCUGUGUUAGUCUUUGAACGUCUUCUCUUUAAUUUUAGCAAAGACAAUGACAUUGAUUACCUAGAAUUCCGUCUGUGGAUCGGAUUGUGGACCGCCUUCCUGUGUCUCAUCCUUGUUGCCACUGAUGCCAGUUUCCUUGUUCAGUACUUCACUCGCUUCACUGAGGAAGGCUUCUCCUCGCUUAUCAGUUUCAUCUUCAUCUAUGAUGCCUUCAAGAAGAUGAUUAAGCUGUCCAGCUACUAUCCCAUCAAUAUGGAUUUCAAGAUGGAUUACAUCACACUGUAUGGUUGUGAGUGCCUACCACCCGACCCAGAUAGUAAUUCAAGCCUUUUGUGGAAUGACACGGACCCAUUGGCAUCAAUGCUGCACUGGCAAACCAACAGCACUCCUGGAAUGAAUGCAACUAUCGACUGGACGUCGCUGUCGAAGAUGGGCUGCCUGAAACAUGGAGGCACCCUGGUUGGCAAGUCCUGUAAAUAUGUUCCAGAUAUCACUCUGAUGUCCUUUAUUCUCUUCUUUGGCACAUACACCUGCUCAAUGUCACUGAAGAAAUUCAAAACCAGCCCAUACUUCCCGACCAAGAUUAGAAAGUUGAUUAGUGACUUCGCCAUCAUUCUGGCCAUCUUGAUUUUCUGCAGCAUUGAUGCUCUGAUCGGAGUAGACACACCAAAACUUAUUGUGCCAAAUGAGUUCAAGCCAACCAGCCCAAAGAGGAGCUGGUUUGUACCUCCGUUUGGGGCCAACCCCUGGUGGGUUUGUCUUGCUGCUGCCAUCCCUGCCCUGCUUGUCACUAUCCUCAUCUUCAUGGACCAACAGAUCACGGCAGUCAUCGUCAACAGGAAGGAGCACAAGUUAAAGAAAGGGGCUGGCUAUCAUGUUGAUCUAUUCUGGGUGGCCAUUCUCAUAGCCCUGUGCUCCUUCAUGGGGCUGCCCUGGUACGUGGCUGCCACUGUGAUCUCCAUUGCACAUAUUGACAGCUUAAAGAUGGAGACGGAGACCUCGGCCCCGGGAGAACAACCCAAGUUCUUAGGAGUCAGGGAACAGCGAGUGUCUGGAGUUAUCGUCUUCAUACUAACGGGUGUCUCAGUCUUCAUGGCUCCAAUACUAAAGUUCAUCCCAAUGCCGGUGCUUUAUGGAGUUUUUCUCUACAUGGGAGUUGCUUCCCUGAAUGGUGUCCAGCUCAUGGAUCGCCUGAAGCUGCUGUUGAUGCCACCCAAGCACCAGCCAGACUUUAUCUACCUGCGUCAUGUCCCUCUCCGGCGUGUCCACCUCUUCACGUUCAUCCAAGGGCUCUGCCUGGCCCUGCUUUGGAUCCUCAAGUCCACUGUUGCUGCCAGUUUCCCAAUUAUGAUCCUCGCCCUGGUUGCAGUGCGGAAAGCUAUGGACUACAUCUUCUCCCAGCAUGACCUGAGCUUUCUGGAUGACGUGAUACCUGAGAAGGACAAGAAGAAGAAGGAGGAUGACAAGAAGAAAAAGAAGCACAGCACCGACAGUGACAACGACGAUUCCGAUUACCCAUAUUCAGAAAAAGUUGCAGCUAUUAAAAUUCCAAUGGACAUGAUGGAACAAGAGCCCUUCCUAGGCAGUAACAAAUCUACUGACAGAGAGAAAUCACUUACAUUCCUUGAAGGACAUACAUCAUGUUGAUCAGAAUCCUUUUUUCCAGUCAAUGCCAAGCCCCCCAAGAACUCCAGUCAGAAGUGUGCCUCAAAUCAGAAUACAACUUGAACCGGACUAUG